CCACUGCGGCCACGCCUCCCUCUAGCAAGGAAGGGCGCAUCCCGGAUAGGACAGGAAAGCUAGCUGGCUAGCUCCUCUCUACAAUCAUGGCAGUAAACCUUAGCAAAAAUGGGGCCGCGUUAACAGCGGCCUACAAAGAAGUCGUUAAUGAAAAAUCCGACACCAACUGGGCCUUGUUCACCUAUGAAGGAAACAGCAAUGACAUCCGCCUGGCAGAAAAAGGAGAUGGAGGACUGGAGGAGCUGGUGGAAGAGUUAAACAGUGGAAAAGUCAUGUAUGCAUUCUGUAGGGUCGAGGACCCUAACUCUGGUCUUCCUAAAUAUGUCCUCAUCAACUGGACGGGGGAAGGAGUAAAUGAUGCCAGGAAAGGACUUUGUGCAAACCAUGUGAGCUCCAUGGCAAACUUUCUUAAGGGGGCCCAUGUGACAGUAAAUGCCCGUGCAGAUGAGGACGUUGAACCUGAGGUGAUCAUGCAGAAAGUGGCUAAGGCGUCAGGAGCCAACUACAGCUUCCACAAAGAAACCUCCAGUCGCUUCCAAGACAGUGGCCCUCAGGGUCCUGUGGGCUCCGUGUACCAGAAGACCAAUGCAAUGUCAGAAAUCAGAAAGACCAACAAGGACACAUUCUGGGCACAGGCAGAGAAAGAGGAGGAGAGACGUCGCCAGGAGGAACGGCGUAGGGCAGAUGAAGAGCGCCAGCAUCUGGAGAAAGAGCGGAAAGAUAGGGAAGUCAAGGAGGCAGCACUGAGGGACAAACGGGACAAGGAAAGGGCUGUUCAAAUUGACCAACAAAAGAAGUACCAGCAGCAGCAGGAGGCUGAGAGCAGAGAGAAAGAGAAACAACGCUGGGAGCAGCAGGGUCAGAUCGAGGCCGCUCAGAAGAAAGCAGUCAGACAAGUGGAAUCUGUGGAAAAAGCCAAUGAGGCAGCUUCCCUAAUCUCUCAACGAGCCAUGAACCCCAGAGAUAUGUUCAAGCAGAGAGAAAGAGGAGUAACUCCCAGUGAUUCCAAUGUGCCCACUGCUGCCCCUUCGAGCCCCCAACCAGGGCGCCUGCAAAGUCCUUUUCUCUCUAAGUAUGAAAACGAGCAGGCAGACUCCCCUCAGCGCCAAGUCUCUCCGGUGCCGGCAGGCCCCGCCUCCCCUGUCCGCGCUGAAGAGCCAGAAGUGGAUGAUGGACAGUCCAGGUGUGAGUAUGACGCGCAGGAGGAAGCCCCCGAGGAGCAAUUGAAAGAGGAAGAGCCAGUUGCAAGCCCUACUGUCCAGGAGCCCAUAAAUGAUGAACCCCCACAGAUUGAGGAGAACAACUAUGGAGUGACUGCUGAGGAGACGCAAGAUCGAGGAAUCUGUGCCCGGGCCUUAUAUGAUUACGAAGCUGCCGACGAUACAGAGAUCUCCUUCGACCCUGAUGAAAUCAUCACCGGGAUCGAGAUGAUAGAUGAGGGAUGGUGGCGAGGCUACGGGCCCAACGGCCAUUUCGGAAUGUUUCCGGCCAACUACGUCGAGCUCGUAUAGUCAUGCUCCCUCAAACAGUCCUCCGCUGAUCAAGCUGCUCCAUGUCACGGACCAAUGAAUGGACGGUAAAUUUCAAGGCCUGGACAUUUCAAAUUCAUCAUUUCAAACCAGCUCCAUGUUGUAAGCAUGUAAGCCACCUCUACCACUUUACCUGAAAAUGUGAUAAGCCUUAGUUUGAAUCUUGAAAUUUUCUGAGCGUACCCAGCACUUGAGUCAACAUUCCUUACAAAGUGACUUAUUUAUCUCGUAUUAUUGCAUUAUUACUUGCAGUAGCAGCACCUGCAGGUGGGGAAAAUUGUGGUACUGGUUUAAUUUUGUUCUUUUUCCCCUCUUGUUCAUUGAUAUUGCUUUCAUAUGACCAAAUGACCCAUUUCAUGUGACUUACAACAGAUCAUGUAUGAAUGUCAAAGUGUGUAUUAGAGUGGGUUUGAAGUUUUUUUUUUCUCCUAAUGCACCCUCAUUCUCUCCUCUGGGUGGUUGCCUUUAUGACUUAAGAGUGAAUUUCCCUUCCCUUGGUCCUUUUAUUUCAGAGUAAUCACAUUCUUCAAUGCGCUGAGGAACACAAAACAGGAAGUUUUCCCUGAUUAGUUUGAAACAUGUUACUGUAACAUGUGAGAGUCGAUGUAAUGUGUAAAAAAAAAAAGAAAAAAGUCUGAUACAUUUUACAGAAAGGCUAUGUUGCUUGAUCUUGAAACAUCAUUCUAGCUUUUGAGAGAAUCGUUCAUCAUCAGUUGACCAAAUCAAACAUCAUGUCAUGUGUCGUUAUACUGUAUGCCAGAGUCUAUUGUAAUCCAGCCUUUGUAAUAAAACGAAUAAAUCCCCUUUGUGGUCAGAUGUUAUCAGAUUCAAAAACAUUUCAGCGAUGAGAGAAUUGUGAGGUAUUUUCAGAGGUUUAUACAGGAACUGUUAAUGUAAAGAGUAUAAUUUCACACAGUUUCCUGGAGUGAAAUGCCGUGGGGGGGGGGAUUUCACCCGCUUAAUGCAUUAAGUUUCAUUUCAUUUGAAAUAGCUUUUUUUCACCUCUUACAUGUGUGGUAAAUACAGGUGUCCUUGUAUACACUACUAUACUGUAGUAUAAAGAAGUAUCUGAACCUUUUGGGAAAUCUCACAUUUCUGCAUAAAAUCACCAAAUGCAAUCUGAUCUUUGUCAAAAUCACACAGAUGCUGAUGAAACCAAAGUUGAAUUGUUUGGGAGUAACACACAACGUCAUGUGUGGAGGAAAAAUGCAACUGCUCACCAACAUCAACACCUCAUCCCCACCGUGAAGCACGGUGGAUGGAGCAUCAUGAUUUGGGGCUGUUCUGCUACCUCAGGGCCUAGACAACAUGCAAUCAUUAAUGAAAGAAUGAAUUCAAAAGUUUACAAUGUUGUUUUAGAGGAAAACCUGAGCCCGUCUGUCAGACAGUUGAAGCUAAAAAGAGGAUGGAUGCUGUAACAAGACAACGAUCCAAAACACAGAAGUAAAUCAACUUCAGAAUCGUUUCAGAAGAACACAAUACACGUUCAGGAGUGGCCAGACUUGAACCCCAUUGAGAUGCUGUGGCAUGACCUAAAGAGAGCAAUUCAUGCCAGACAUCCCAGGAAUCUGACUGAACUACAGCAGUUUUGUAGAGACUGAUGGGCCAAGAUUAGUCCUGAUUGAUGUGCCAGACUGAUCCGCGGCUACAGGAAGUGUCUGGUUGAAGUUAUUCCUGCCAAAGGGGGGGCACAAAAUAUUUGUAUUUAAUGUGAUGGUUCACUUACUUUUCCCCCUUCUGUCAUUGUUUGCAUACUAUCCUCAUUAAAAUAUGAACACCUAUAAAUGUUUGGGGGGGUUUUAGUUAAAGGAGAGUUUUUUCAUUUGUGUGUCUUUGACAAAGAUCAGCUCACAUUUGAUGGUGAUUUUAUGCAGGAAUGUGAGAAAUUCCAAAAGGUUCAGAUACUUUUUCAUACCACUGUAUUUGCUUGUCUGUCAAUGUUCAUUUGAAAUAGUUGGGAACAUAAUUUUACAGACGAAAACAAUAUUGGCAAACGUCGACUACAACUAGAUGAAGACAAACACAUUUUGUGAUGACUAAAAUAUGACUAAGACUAAUAAGUAUUAUCAUCUAAAAGACAAUUUUAAGGGCUGCUAAAAACAAUGCGCUGAAAAAAAGACCUCCCCGGUCGUCUGCUACGCGUUGCAUUAAUCCACAUUGCAUUAAACACAUGAACCUGAAGUAAAAUAUAUUUGACGGAGGUCAUGUUUUCUGUUCCUGCACCCACAAGUAAUGGCAGAAAUUCAACCAAUCACAAUGCCUUCAAUGUUGGCUGCUGUGUCAUGUAUUUAGAUAAAACAAAAUGACUGGCGUGCACAUUUACAGCGUCCCUGCGGAAACUCCCCCAGGACGUUGGUUGCACACAGAGCCCCUAGUUAGCGGUAAUUUAAAAAAAAUAUGAGAAAAAACUGCAUAAGGCAAGGCAAGGCAAAUUUAUUUAUAUAGCACAAUUCAACACAAGGCAAUUCAAAGUGCUUUACAACACAUGAAGAUCAUAAAAAUCACAUUUAAAUCAACACAACGUAGAAACGAAGACAAAAGAUCGCAUUUAAUCACAGAAUAAAAAUAAAUAAAAUAAAACAAAA